CCCGGCCCGGCUCCUCUCCGUCACUGGCUCCAUCACCGGCAGCAUCCUCGGCUCUCAUUGGACUGCGCUGUCAAGCGGCUGUCAGCCCAUGUGGCGUGGCCGGGCUUAAUGCCGCGCGGGCACGCUCCCCGGGGAGCAGAGAGGAGGAGGAAGCUGAGGAGGUGCAUUCAAGCCCGGAGCACCGACACCGACCGACCGACGCAGCCGAAGCCUGGUCCGAGGCAGCAGAGCCCCCCCGCACAGCUUACCGCACAGUCAUCCAACAUGGAGGAGAUCGUUGUUGCUGGGAUGUCAGGCCGCCUGCCAGAGUCCAACAACCUGGAGGAAUUCUGGGAAAACCUCAUAGGUGGUGUGGAUAUGGUGACAGAGGAUGACCGUCGCUGGAAACCAGGUCUGUACGGACUCCCCAAGAGGAACGGUAAACUGAAGGACAUCAGCCGCUUUGAUGCAGCCUUCUUUGGAGUCCACCCCAAGCAGGCCAACACCAUGGACCCGCAGCUCCGCCUCAUGCUGGAGGUUGCCUAUGAGGCUAUUGUGGAUGGAGGGAUAAAUCCCGGCACGUUGCGCGGCAGCAAGACGGGCGUCUACAUCGGGGUGAGCGGCUCGGAGGCGGGCGAAGCCUUGAGCAGAGAUCCAGAAGAGCUUUUGGGCUACAGCAUGACCGGCUGCCAGCGUGCCAUGCUGGCCAACAGGCUCUCGUACUUCUUUGACUUCACAGGUCCCAGCACAGCCAUAGACACCGCCUGCUCCUCCAGCCUGCUGGCGUUGGAUAACGCCUUCCACGCCAUCCGUCAGGACCACUGUGACGCUGCUCUGGUGGGUGGGGUCAACCUGCUGCUGAAGCCCAACACCUCAGUGCAGUUCAUGAAACUGGGCAUGCUCAGUCCCGACGGGACCUGCAAGUCCUUCGACGCUUCAGGAAAUGGGUAUUGCCGCUCGGAGGCGGCGGUUGCAGUGCUUCUCACCAAAAGAUCAGCUGCUAAGAGAGUCUAUGCAACCGUGGUCAGUGCAGGUAGCAACACCGACGGCUACAAGGAGCAGGGAGUCACCUUUCCUUCAGGUGAGAUGCAGCAGAGGCUGGUCUGUUCUCUGUAUCAGCAGGCUAAUAUAAGUCCUGAACAGGUUGAGUACAUCGAAGCCCAUGGCACCGGAACAAAGGUCGGGGACCCACAGGAAGUCAACGGUAUUGUCAGCGUGUUCUGUCAGUCAAAGCGGGCGCCUUUGCUUAUUGGCUCCACCAAGUCCAACAUGGGCCAUCCAGAACCGGCCUCAGGUCUGGCUGCUCUGACAAAGGUGUUGCUGUCUCUGGAGCAUGGGAUCUGGGCUCCUAACAUGCACUUCAGCAGUCCCAACCCGGACAUUCCCGCCCUCGUUGAUGGGCGGUUGAAGGUCGUUGAUAGUCCGGUUCCUGUCCAGGGAGGGAUUGUAGGGAUCAACUCCUUUGGGUUCGGAGGCUCAAACGUUCACGUCAUCCUUCGCCCGCCGAAGAAGGUAGCAGACUCCAACUCACCAAGGAAGAUUCCCAGAGUGCUCCAGGCGUGCGGCCGCACCGAGGAGGCAGUGAGCGCCCUCCUCCAAAAAGGGAGGGAGCACUGCACCGACGGCUUUGUCUCCCUGCUGAACGGUAUAGCAACGGCCCCCACGGUCAGCAUGCCCUUCAGAGGCUACGCCCUCCUAGACUCUCACAGUGACGUGAUGGAAGUACAGCAGGCUCCGGCUGCAGCCCGCCCGGUCUGGUACGUCUGCUCAGGAAUGGGAACUCAGUGGGCAGGGAUGGGCCGCAGUCUGAUGAACCUGCCGGAGUUCAGAAAGUCCAUUCUGCGCUCCGAUUCCGCCCUGAAGGACACGGGCCUGGUUGUGUCCCGACUGCUCAUGGAGGCUGACGACUCCACAUUUGAGGACACGGUUCACGCCUUUGUGGGGCUAGCUGCCAUCCAGGUUGCACUCAUCGAUCUGCUCACCAAGGUGGGGCUGCAGCCCAGCGGCAUCGUCGGACACUCGGUGGGAGAGCUGGCUUGUGGGUACGCUGACGGCUCGCUCACCCACGCCGAGGCGGUUCUGGCUGCUUACUGGAGAGGCCUGUGCAUCAAAGAGGCCAGCCUGCCUCCUGGAGCCAUGGCUGCAGUGGGUCUGACCUGGGAGGAGUGUCUGGCCCAGUGUCCACAGGGAGUGGUCCCAGCCUGUCACAACGCUGAGGACACCGUCACCAUCUCCGGUCCUCAGGAAGCUGUCGGCGCCUUUGUGUCUGAGCUGAAGAGCCAGGGCGUUUUUGCCAAGGAGGUGCGCAGCGCCGGCGUGGCCUUCCACUCCCACUACAUGGCCUCCAUCGCUCCGGCCCUGCGGGACGCUCUUCAGAAGGUCAUUAGGGCGCCGCGACGCCGCUCGGCCCGCUGGGUCAGCACCAGCAUUCCUCAGUCUGAGUGGGACUCUCCCCUGGCUCUGUACAGCUCCGCUGAUUACCACGUCAACAACCUGCUGAGCCCGGUUCUGUUCCAGGAGGGCCUGCGCAUGGUUCCUGAGAACGCUGUGGUGGUGGAGAUUGCCCCUCAUGCUCUGCUGCAGGCCAUCCUGAAGCGCAGCCUGAAGCAAACCUGCUCCAUCCUGCCGCUGAUGAAGAGGGGCCACGCCCACAACCUGGAGUUCUUCCUCUCCAGCAUCGGCAAACUUCACAUGAGUGGGAUUGAUCUGGACUGUAACGCCCUCCUCCCGGAGGUGAGCUUCCCAGUGCCAGUCGGGACCCCUCUGAUCUCCCCCCAUGUGAAGUGGGACCACACCCAAACUUGGGACGUUCCCAAAGCCGAGGACUUUCCACAGGGCUCAGGGGGCUCGGGCUCAGCAGCGCUCUACAACAUCGAGAUAAACCCAGAGUCCUCUGAGUACUACCUGACGGGACACUGCAUCGAUGGGCGAGUUCUCUACCCAGCAACAGGGUACCUGGUUCUGGCUUGGAGGACCUUGCUGAGAAGCUGUGGGCUUGUCAUGGAAACGACCCCAGUAAGCUUUGAAAACGUGACCAUCCACAGGGCCACGGUGCUACCGCAGACAGGUUCGAUCCAGAUGGAGGUCCGCCUCAUGGCUGCCACCAACAGCUUUGAGGUUUCAGAGAACGGACAGUUGGCAGUUAGUGGUCAGGUGAGGGUUCUAGAGGAUGCAGCUUUGGACUCCUUCCAUCAGCAGAUGAGUGCAGGAGCGUCCCGUCCAAUGAGCAUGAAGCUGAAGGCCGCCGACAUCUACAAGGAGCUGCGCCUGCGCGGUUAUGAGUAUAGCUCCGCCUUCCAGGGCGUUCUGGAGUCCAGCGGUGACGGAGACAGCGGGACGUUGCAGUGGACCGGGAACUGGGUGACAUUUCUGGACACGAUGCUGCAGAUGCUGGUGGUCGGACUGCCAGGUCGAAGUCUGCGUUUGCCAACGAGGAUCCGCUCCGUGUGCAUUGAUCCUUCGGCACAUGUCGCCAAAGUCUACAAGUACAGUGAUGAAAAGCAAGCUGUGGACGUGACCGUCAGGCGACACCUUGACAGCAUCGUUGCCGGAGGUGUUCAGAUCUGCGGCCUGCACGCCACCGUUGCCCCCCGCCGGCAGCAACAGCAGAGCCCCCCCACGCUGGAGGAGUUCGUUUUUGUCCCAUACAUGCAGGACGGCUGUCUUGGUUCCAACCGGGAGCUGGCAGAGCAGCUGAGCGUCUGCAGAGGUCUCCUCAGGCAGCUGCAGCAGAAGUUGGCCCCCCAUGGUGUGAAACUGUCCAUCUCAGGCCUGGAGCAGGAAUCGGGGCUGCGCCUUCCGGACCCUGAGACGUCCCGGCCGGGUUUGCCCCGGCUGCUCUGCCUCCUCCGGGAUCUGGAGCUGAACGGGAACCUGGAGUCUGAGCUGCAGCAGGUGGUGCAGACGGAGCAGGCGUGUCUGCUCCAGGACAGUCUGCUAAACGGUCUGCUGGACGGCCCCCCCCUGAGACACUGCCUGGACAUCGCCCUGGAGAACGGCGCCCCCGGGAGGAUCACCGUCUUGGAGGCUCUCUCCAGCGGCGGGCAGCUCUUCUCUCGGGUGGUCCCCCUCCUGAACGUCCAGCCCAUGCUGCAUGUGGACUACACGGCCACAGCGCCUUCUCUGGAGCUCCUUUCACCCCACGAGAGCGCCCUGCAGGAGCUGUCCGCCAAAUCCUCUGUGUGGGACCCCCUGACCGGCCCUCCCACAGGGGGGGCUUCUGGAGCAGACCUGGUUCUGUGCAACUGUGCGUGGGGGCCCCUGAGCAGCGACCCGAGGCUCCUGGUGUCACACCUAACGGCUGGGGCCAAGCCCAAAGGCUUUGUCCUCCUGCACACCCUCCUGAGGGGGGAGACUCUUGGAGACGCGGUGGACUUCCUGAGCAGCGGUCGGGGGGGUCUGCUUUCACAGGCAGAGUGGCAGGACGUCCUCCAAGAGGCCUCCCUCGUCGUUGUGGCCGUUCAGAGGUCGUUCUAUGGCUCCGCCCUCUUCCUCUGUCGCCGUGGCACCCCGAGCUUGCAGCCUGUCCUGGUUCCUGUGGACAGCGCCGACUGUCAGUGGGUGGAAACACUAAAGAACCUGUUGGCAGAAGAGUCGGAGCGGCCCGUGUAUCUGACGGCCUCUCAGGCGUUCUGCGGUGUGGUGGGAAUGGUGAACUGUCUGCGGCAGGAGCCUGGAGGAGCCAGAAUACGUUGUAUGUUUGUGUCCAACCUGGACGGGUCGCCAGCAGAACCGAGCCUCGGGGAGAACCACCCAUCUCAGCAGGCGUUGUUCCAGGGCGAUCUGGUGAUGAACGUGUUCAGAGACGGGCGGUGGGGCUCCUUCAGACACCAGAUCAUCCCUCACGAGAUGAAGGAGGAGCCGACCGAUGCGGCGUACGUCAAUGUGCUGACCCGUGGUGACCUUUCCUCCCUGCGCUGGAUCGCAUCCCCGCUCCGCCACUUUAGAGGCGGCGGUGGCGGCGUGGAGCUGUGCCAGGUUUACUUCAGCUCGCUCAACUUCAGGGACAUCAUGCUGGCCACAGGCAAACUGCCCCCCGAUGCCAUCCCAGGAGGCAUAGCUCUGCAGCAGUGCAUGCUGGGUAUGGAGUUCUCUGGACGGGAUGCUGCUGGUCGCCGUGUGAUGGGGCUUCUCCCUGCAAAGGGCCUGGCCACAGCCGUGGACGCUGACAAACGCUUCCUCUGGGAAGUCCCCGCCCACUGGAGCAUGGAGCAGGCUGCCUCGGUGCCCGUGGUCUACGCCACAGCCUUCUACUCUCUGGUGGUGCGCGGCCGGCUCCGCCCUGGAGAAACCGUCCUGAUCCAUUCAGGCUCUGGAGGGGUAGGCCAGGCAGCCAUUGCCAUCGCUCUGAGCCAGAAGUGCAGAGUUUUCACAACAGUUGGCUCAGCGGAGAAGCGGGCCUACCUCCUGCAGAGGUUUCCUGAACUCUCGGCAGAAUCUGUGGCCAAUUCCAGGGACACCACAUUUGAGCAGCACGUCCUUCUGCACACGCAGGGCAAAGGCGUGGAUGUUGUGCUGAACUCUCUGGCUGAGGAGAAGCUGCAGGCCAGUAUUCGAUGUCUCGCCCGACACGGACGUUUCCUGGAGAUCGGGAAGUACGACCUUUCCAACAACUCCCCGCUUGGUAUGGCUCUGUUCCUCAAGAACGUCUCAUUUCACGGCAUCCUGCUGGAUGCUCUAUUCGAAGAGGGGAACCGAGAAUGGGAGGACGUGUACCGGCUGCUGAAGGACGGCAUAGCGGGAGGCGUGGUCCGGCCUCUUCACACCACGGUGUUCCAGAGGCAGGAGGUGGAGCAGGCGUUCAGAUACAUGGCCCAGGGGAAGCACAUCGGCAAAGUGGUCCUGCAGGUCCGAGCUGAGGAGGGGGAGCCAGCGGUUCGGCCUGCACCCCCUUUAUCGGUUCCAGCCGUCCCCCGCACCUUCUGCCAGCCCUCACACUCCUACAUCAUCACUGGGGGCUUGGGGGGGUUUGGUCUGGAACUCGCUCACUGGUUGGUGGAGAGGGGGGCUGGCAAAUUGGUACUGACCACCAGAUCCGGCAUCCGAACUGGUUACCAAGCGAAGCGUGUGCGAGAAUGGCAGCAUCAGGGCGUGGAGGUGUUGGUCUCCACCCAAGAUGUCAGCACAAUGGAGGGAACGGAGCAGCUAAUCGCCGAGGCGAGCGCGCUGGGCCCAGUGGGAGGAGUCUUCAAUCUGGCCAUGGUGCUGAAGGACGGCAUGUUGGAGAACCUGAACCCCGAACUCUUCAUUGAUGUCAUCAAACCCAAAUAUGACGGAAUCGUCCAUCUGGACAGAGUCACCAGAAGGUCGUGUCCGGACCUCAGCUACUUCGUGGCCUUCUCCUCCGUCAGCUGUGGGCGCGGAAACGCCGGCCAAAGUAACUACGGCUACGCCAACUCAGCCAUGGAGCGCGUGUGUGAGAAGCGCCGCUUCGAUGGCCUGCCUGCCCUAGCGGUCCAGUGGGGGGCCAUCGGCGAUGUGGGCGUGGUGCUGGAGACCAUGGGCAGCAAUGACACCGUGAUCGGCGGCACGCUGCCACAGCGCAUCACUUCCUGCCUGGAGGUGUUGGACCAGUUCCUGUGCCAGCAGCAGCCAGUGAUGUCCAGCUUUGUGCUGGCACAGAGGACGGCGGUCCAGAAGGAGCAGGGGGACCAGAAAGACCUGGUGGCGGCAGUGGCUCACAUUCUGGGUGUGCGGGACGUCGCCAGUCUGAAUGCUGACUCCUCAUUGGCUGACUUGGGCCUGGAUUCUCUCAUGGGCGUGGAGGUGCGACAGACUCUUGAACGGAACUACAACAUCCAGAUGAGCAUGAGGGAGAUCCGGCAGCUCACCAUCAACAAGCUGCGAGAGCUGGCAAGCGGCAAGCCGGACGGAUCCAAGGAUGGGCCUGCUGCAACAAAGAAGGAUGGGGCUUCCUCUGCUGAGAAGCUUGAUGUGAACCAGCUGUUGGUUGAUCCAGAUGGACCCACUUUGGUGCCUCUCAACCAGGUGCAGAGCCAGGAGAGGCCCCUGUUUCUGGUCCAUCCCAUUGAAGGCUCCAUCGCUGCUCUUCAGACUCUGGCCUCCAAGCUCAGCAUUCCUUGCUUUGGUCUCCAGUGCACCAAUGCGGCUCCUCUGGACAGCAUCCCUGCUCUGGCGGCUUUCUACGUGCGCUCCGUCCUGCAGGUCCAGGACUGCGGGCCCUUCAGGAUCGCUGGCUACUCGUUUGGGGCCUGCGUCGCCUUUGAAAUGUGUUCCCAGGUGGAAGCUCUGGGUCACUCUGUGGAGACCUUGUUUCUGCUGGACGGUUCCCACUCCUAUGUGGCCGCUUAUACUCAGAGCUACAGGGCAAAACUGACCCCUGGUAGUGAGUCUGAAGCGGAGACGGAGGCUCUGUGUGCGUUCAUCCAGCAGUUUACAGACAUCCAAUACAACAAGCUGGUGGAGUCUCUGCUGUCCCUCCCUGACCUGGAGGCUCGGGUCGACACCGCCGUGAAUCUCAUCACUUCCAGCCUGCAGAACAUGAAGCCGGACUUCCUGCGCUUCGCAGCGUCCAGCUUCUACAAGAAGCUGAAGGCUGCUGACGCCUACGUGCCUUUGUCCAAAUACCGCGGCAAAGCCGUGCUGCUGCGGGCCAGAACCAGCAGUGAGUACGAGCAGAACCUGGGCCCGGACUACAGGCUGAGCGAGGUCUGCGACGGCCCCGUGUCUGUCCAGGUCGUUGACGGGGACCACCGCACCUUCCUGCAGGGGGGAGGCGCCGACGCCAUCAGCAGCAUCAUUCAGCGCUCGCUCUCGGAGCCGAAGAUGAACGGUCAUGUGCGUCUUCCUCCUGGUCCGGUUCCCGGCCAGCCCUCGGCUCAUCACCUGUAAAUGGGACUCUGCCUCCCGGGGGGGGGGGUCGCUGUUGGGUCAACAGAAUCCUCUUUUUCUGUCUGUCUUCAUGUGUCGGAGCUGUUCCUGUGUCGUUCGUCUCGUCUCUGGUUCUGCGGGCCUUUCUGUUCAGUCAUUGGAUGGACAAAAACACGUUACUAACCCAUUCCCACAUCAGGAGACACGGUAACUGGACUUACCAGUCCGGCUUCAGGUUCACCAGAGUCUAACUGGACUAACCGGGUUUUAGUUUGGGUUUGUGUUGGGACACUUCUAGUAGUCGUUUCUGUUUCGUUAUGGAAUCACAGACUGAAAAGCUGACGGCUCCACCUGGAACCUGAGACCUCAGGUGAGGUUGGUGAAGGUUCAGGGGACCGCAGGAAGUGACGUCAGUGAAUUUCCGUGUCACCAAUAAAGACUUUUGGCUCAUUUCUCUGUUUUCAUGAA